AGCUGAGCUAGCUAUAAAAAGGAGGAUGGGCUAAAAUGAGAUACGCCCCCCCUCCUCUGCAUGCCAGCCAUGGCUUUCCUGUAUAUAUAGCCAAUUUCAGUUUGUAAAGUUUCACAACACACCAGAAGUCUGCUCUACCUACAGAAUGGUGAUGAGGAUAAUAUUCAACAUUGCUGUAGUUUUAACCUUUCAGUGUGUUUGGACAGUCAGUUUCUGUUUUGCAACUGAACCUGAACUGUGCAGAAAUCUACUGAUUGGCUACAGUCAUCUAGCGAGUGUGAGGCUGGCUGGCUUCAACUCGUCCAUGGUUGGCUACUUGGAGGUGUGCAGAGAUGGAGGGUGGAGGACUGUCACUGUCACCAGUGGAGAAUGGGGGAGAAAAGAAGCCACAGUCGUGUGCAAAGAGUUGGGCUUUCUGGAUGCAAUCUCGUUCUCUCACAUUGAAGGGCGCAGCUUGGUGAUUCGAUCAUGGUCUCACUUUGCGAGUGUGGAUUGUACUGGAACAGAACGCCGAUUGUCAGGCUGUUCCAUUAAGGAGGAGAGGAGAAGUAGCCCAACAGCUAGGAACUUAAUGGACCAGGUUCUUGUGUUGUGCAAUAAAAGUCCUGUAUUGGGAACCAUUCGAGUGGUAGGUGUCAACUCCAACAGUAACGAGGGAAUACUAGAAGUGUAUCACACGCAUCCGUCCUACAAAUGGUCAACAGUGUGCGGGAGUGAGUGGACAGAUGCUGAUGCCACUGUUUCCUGCCAACAGAUGGGAUUCUCUACAGGGAAAAGCAAGCUGUUUAGUUUUGAUAACAGUGGCAGGGAUUUGCCUGGAAAGCGUUACGAUAAUUUUGAGUGCAAUGGUACAGAGAAUACCUUACUGGAAUGCCAGCACACCGGUCCUUAUGCUUACAGAUGUCAAUCUGAACUCUAUGCAGGCGUUCACUGUCAAGGAGACAAUUCAAGGGAUUCACAAAUUACACUCUAUGCUGCUCUUAUUCUAUUGUCAGUGGCUCUACUGGUGAUUCUCAUGCUCACAAUUAUCGUGAUACUUAUUUGCAUGGCAAGAAAGAUAAAGAAGAAGAGACUGUCCCAACACCGAGGGUUUGACAAUCCUCUCACAAAUGCAGUCUACCCUCUACACUAUCCAGACAUCAUUAAUCUCUCUCCUCCUCCCACUUACGAUGAGACUAUUUUCAAUAACGCAGCUCCCUCAGAAACUAUGACUACUGCAAUAUUGCUGACACAAGAUGAAGAUGCUUCCAGUGAGGAGAUGAGUGAAGAGAAUGCUGAAGCUGUCAGUGCUGACUCUACUGAAGCCUAAAUCUCAUCAGAAUCGCUCUCUCCCAAACUCUAGUAUACAUUUAUUAUUGUUUCUUAAAUCAUUUCUUAUAUUAUAUGAAGCGUUGCAAGCAGUGCAAAUCAAUAAA